AUGAAUGGUACACACAAAGAGGAUGGACAAAAUCUUGAAGACAAUCAGGAGUCUGUUUCUCCAAAUGCUACGUCUCCUUUGUCUCCUGCACCUGGGCUGUCCCUAAGCCUAUCCCUCUCACCUAGCUCUUCAGAAAGCCUAAAAGCAAUGGAAGAGCUGCCUGGUUCUCCAGCAUCUCCAUUUCACUCUCUAAAUUCUGAAUUGAAAAAGUUAGAGGGCAACGAGUCAGGCCCCUCAUCACCAGCGUUAAAGUCGGACGUUGUGUCUGGAAAGGAAUCUGAGCAAACUCAAGUAGACCACACUGAGCCAGUCGCUGACAAUGAAGCAGUGGAAAAUGAGACUACGGACGAUCAAGCAAAUUCAAAUUCUGUCAAGGAUUCUGAAAGGCCGCUUCCUCAGUCUCCUGUGGUGCCAGCUGAUUGCCCCGAACCCAUGGAAACAGACAAUAGCUCCCCAAAAGCAGUGAACUCUGUGAUAACAGAAACAGAGACUGAUAAAAAGACAGAAAAAACACCUCCGCCAUUAUCAAAUGAGGUUGAUUCUUCCCCUGCUCCUGCUUGCAAGUCUGAUGCUACAGUUACUGAAAAAGAGGCUGAAACAAAGAAAGUAAGGGAAGAGACUACUCCAGUUGCAGAGAUGAAAAAGGACAUUUGCAGUGAGAAGAUGGAUAUAAAAACUGAAGAGAAAAGUGAAAAAGACACCAUCAAACAAGCCCGCCCUUCCUCGACUCCACCAUCAAAUGGAGGUAAAGAUGAGAAAAGUUCAUCUGGAAUAAAACGCACACUCUCGGAGGGAUUUGAACCCAAUGGACCUUGUAUAAACAGAGAAGUCAAAAGGCCAAAGGUGGAGAGUGAGGAGUUUGAAGCACAACUGGAGCUCAAAAUUACAGCAAAAGCUGGAAAUCACCUUAAACUUGAAAAGAUUGUUCAAAAGCUUGUAGAGGAAAAACUGAGAGUGUUGGAGAUGACCAUUUUUGAUAGAAAUCUUCAAGAGUUAAAAGACAGAGUUGACCAAAUUGACUGUACAACUAAACACCACACUGCUAUGAAUACACUACAAGCCAAAAUUGCUCGUCUGGCGAAAAAAUUUGGAGAAGCCAAUCAAGCUUCUGAAAAUAAAAAGAAACAGGAGGCCCUUGCUGCCGCCGCUGCUGCCGCCGCCGCUGCCACUGCUGCUGCCACGGCGGCUGCAAACACUACCCCAGCCCCCCCAGCUCCUGCUGCUAAGACAGUUCCAGGUCCUCAGACUCAAAGGCCUGCUCGUUCCUCUAUGGAGGUAAAGCAAACAACAACACUUGCUGUUGCAUCAACCAGCAUUCCUGCUCCUGCCACUACAGCGCCUGCAAUCUCUGCUCCCGUUCCCACGACCACGACUUUAGUGUCUCAGACACCUAUUCUCCAGCUCAUUGCCUCCACUGCUAAUGCAGUCUCUAAUCUGACUGCGAGCAGUACCACUCAGAGUCCUACAAGCACAUUGGUGCUGAAGAACGGUAUGAUGGCGACAGGCCAGCCUCUGCUCAUCCAGCUGCCUCUAUCCAUGGCUAACGGUCAGGCAGGAACUCUCGUAAACAUUCCCGUGUCCUCUUUGAAUGCGGUCACUUCUUUGAACAAGUCAAAGACUACUGCGCCCACUACAACAUUUAUUCUCAAGUCUGCUCCUACAUCCACCUCUGUGCCCUCCGCUUUAACCGCUGCUACGCUUCCUGCUACACUUCCUGCUAUACAAGCUCCUGUGUCUCACGUGCCCACUUCACAAAUCUCUCUUGCCCGGGCGGUGUACCAGGGCGGGGCAGGAGGAAUAACCACACCUAACUCGGGGGUAUCUGUGACCUCAGUGAGAGCCCCGACACAGUCUGUGUCUGUGGCCGGAGCCAUGUCCUCCACUUCAUCACUUGUGACCUCUGGACCGGCUGCAACAGGUUCCACUGCCCCUGGGCCUCCACAGGGGACCUCACUAACCACAAAAACAGACAACCAAGUACCUGGACCUUCUCCAUCCAAAGUAGCUCCUGCUGCACCUCGACCAAAGGGCUCCGUCAUAGAUCUUACUGAGGAAGAUGAUGAUGUUUUAGUCACAGGAGUAAAGAGCGCCACUGUUACAACAGCCAAUGGUAUACGCUCUCAAACAAGCAUCACCAGUACAGCCAGAUCGUCCCCUCAGACAAACCCAACCUCUGCCAGUACUCCCCAACUCUCAACCCACCAUCGCCCUCUACUGGACUCAAAAUCCAGAAAUACGACUAGUACUCCUACUCGGGGCUCCAGUGUUGCUCUCCCUCCUCUUCCUACUGCCCCUGUACCACCACGUUUACCUCCAGAAGCCGAAAAGACCUCAGUCCCACAGCAACCACAGCUAAAACUGGUGCCAAGUCAGACAGGCAUUGUCCUUUCUUGGUGUGUAGCAGAAACAGAUUUGACCUGUGCGCCCGUGGACAGCUACCACCUCUAUGCUUUUCACCAGGACAAUUCAAGCAGUAACCCAUCUCAGCAGCACUGGAAAAAGAUCGGAGAGGUCAAGGCCCUUCCGCUGCCAAUGGCCUGCACCCUUACCCAGUUUCAGACUGGCUCAACCUACCACUUUGCUGUUCGAGCUAAAGACAUUUAUGGGCGAUUUGGUGCUUUCUGUGAACCACAGUGCACUAAUGUUAUCAAUUCAAGCUCUAGUUGAACCAGUCAGAAUGGGAGAAGAAAAUUGUUCAUUCCGUUGGAGGUUACUUUUUUAAACCUGCACUCGCCUGCAUCUGUAAAUAGUGAAUGCGUAUUAUCUGGACUGAUGACUGACUUAAGAAUGAAAAUGUCUUAUGGUUUUGUUCGGUGUAUUUCUAGGUGACAUCUUGUGAGCGUGUAUAUAGUUCACUCAGCAGGCUGUAUUUAUGUUCUGACUCCUGUUCCCUUGAUUGAAAUGUCAGAUUGUUUAACCUGAACAUGAGUGACAGAAUUUACUCUAGGACACAAUUGCACAGAAUUGUAUUAAUGUGUGGUAGAUACUGAUUUUUGUACGUUUUGUCUGGCAACCAGACUUUGACAACCAUAAUAAAGUUUUUAUUUAAA